UGUACGACCACAGGUAUACCGCUGAGGUAUUAGACAGAAGCAUAGUUAGGGAGGGACGGUUGUACCACAGGUGCCUGUGGUUGUACCCGCUCUUUGAGGAUCACCAACAAUACAAUCGUUCAGGUCAGAAAAACACACUAUAUUUGGAAGUAAACAGACAAUGGCGAGACAGAAUGAUAUCCUUGAUGCAAAAUGCAUUUCCCGAUCCAAACAAGGUAAGAAGCCAGGUAGUUGGAAGGAAUGGAUGACAAAACAAUGCAGGGCUGGCUUGGCUGUUGGGAGAAGAAAACUCUACCCUGGCACAAUGAUGAUGUUCACGAAGCCAUAGAGAAACAUCACGAGAUACUGAUGACGUCACUCACAACCAAGAACAAAAUCUUCAUACCUCUUUGUGGGAAGACUGUCGACAUAAAAUGGCUGGCAGACCGUGGGAACGAGGUUGUUGGAUUGGAAGCAUCAGAAAUAGCAGUUAAAGAUUUUUUUACUGAACAAAACAUAAAAUACACUUCCGAGGACGCCCCCGCUGUGAAAGGCAAACUAUACCGGUCGACUGAUAACAAGAUCAAAGUCUAUUGCUGUGACUUGUUUUUAUUUUCAGCUGAAAUAGAAUCUGGAUUUAGUGGGAUCUGGGAUCGAGGCUCCUUGGUUGCCAUUUCGCCUGCAGACCAGAAAAGGUAUUUUGAGCUAAUGAAAACACUUGUACACCCAGGAAUUGGUUACUUGCUCGAAAUGCCAGAUCGCGACCCUGGCAAAGGAGAUCCUAACAAAGGACCGUUUUGUAUUUCAUUUGAAAACCUUCAAGAAGGAUUUGGGCCAGACUGUAGUGUUACUAAGCUAUGUGCUGUGGAAAAACUGCCACCUAAGAUUAUACAGAAUGUGCCGGGCAUGAAGGAAAUGAAUGUCUUACGACUAACGUUUAAAUGAAAUAUUUGAAUCAACGUUGCCAGAACUGAACUAACAAAACUGACCUCCCUUGUAAAUUGUAUCAUGUUUAUACUUAAAUAAAUUGAAUAUUCAU